AGGAGGCACACUUACCUUACUGAAAGAAAGAAGUAAGGCGGAAGCACAUUCGUCUGCACAUGGAAGGGGCGCUGACGGCCCGGGACAAGGUCGGGGUGCAGGAUUUUGUGCUGCUGGAUGCACACACCAGUGAAUCUGCUUUUCUGGAAAAUCUCCGCAAGCGUUUCAGCGAGAACCUCAUCUAUACAUACAUUGGGACUCUCCUUGUAUCAGUGAAUCCAUACCAGGAGCUGGGAAUCUACACGGUGAGCCAGAUGGAACUUUAUCAAGGAGUCAAUUUCUUUGAACUGCCACCCCAUGUCUACGCCAUAGCUGACAACGCCUACCGCAUGAUGUGUUCUGAGCUAAAUAACCACUUCAUCCUCAUUUCUGGAGAGAGUGGGGCAGGGAAAACAGAGGCGUCCAAGAAGAUUCUCCAGUAUUUUGCAGCAACCUGCCCAAUGACCGAGUCCCUGCAGAUAGCCCGUGACAAACUGCUGCUGUCCACUCCGGUGCUGGAGGCUUUCGGAAAUGCGAAAACUCUCCGGAAUGACAACUCCAGCAGAUUUGGAAAAUACAUGGACAUACAGUUUGACUUUAAGGGCAUCCCAGUUGGCGGGCACAUAAUCAGUUACUUGAUAGAAAAGUCUCGAGUUGUGUAUCAAAACCAGGGUGAGCGGAACUUCCACAUCUUCUACCAGCUGCUGGAGGGUGGCGAGGAGGAGCUUCUCACUUACCUGGGACUUGAGCGAGACCCCCUGCUCUACAGAUACCUCUCACAGGGUCUUCGUGCCAAAGAGUCCUCUAUCAAUGACAAGAACGACUGGAAAACCGUGUGCAAUGCCUUUGCUGUCAUCGAUUUCACUGAAGAUGACCUGGAGAAUCUCUUUGGAAUUAUUGCCAGUGUCCUACACCUGGGCAACAUUUGUUUGGAAGAGAAUCGCCAAGGCUGUGCCAACAUCCCACACACCCACGAGAUCAAGUGGAUCGCCAAGCUCCUUGGGGUCCAACCAUCAGUCCUUCUGGAAGCUCUCACCCACAGAAAGAUUGAAGCCAAAACUGAAGAGGUGAUAUGCCCGCUGACACUGGAGCUCUCUGUCUACGCCAGAGACGCCAUGGCGAAGGCGGUUUACGAACGAACCUUUACCUGGCUGGUCAACAAAAUCAACUCCUCCUUAGUGAACAAGGACUUCACGAAGAAAACUGUGAUUGGGUUGCUGGAUAUCUAUGGAUUCGAGGUCUUCGACAAGAAUGGUUUUGAACAGUUUUGUAUAAAUUACUGCAAUGAGAAACUCCAGCAGCUCUUAAUAGAGAGGACCCUGAAAGCAGAGCAGACCGAGUAUGAAAUGGAAGGCAUAGAGUGGGAGCCGAUUCAAUAUUUCAACAACAAGAUCAUCUGUGACUUGGUAGAAGAGAGACACAAAGGGAUCAUUGCCAUCCUGGAUGAAGAAUGCAUUCGCCCAGGCCCUGCUACAGACUUGAGUUUCCUGGAGAAACUGGAAGAGAAAGUGGGUUCGCACGCUCACUUCCAAACCAGGAAGCUGGCGGGUCCACAGGGCCGGAAGAGAAUUGGCUGGAUGGAGUUCCGGCUCUCCCACUAUGCAGGAGAGGUCACAUACUGCACCAAAGGAUUCUUGGAGAAAAACAAUGAUCUCCUUUACAGACAUCUGAAAGAGGUGCUGUGCAGAUCCAGAAACCGCAUCCUCAAGGAAUGCUUCCUGGUGACUGAGCUCGAAAACCGGAGAAGGCCCCCGACAGUGGGAACUCAGUUUAAAAACAGUCUGAGCAGCCUUCUGGAAAUUCUCAUCUCUAAGGAACCUUCAUACAUCCGGUGCAUCAAGCCCAAUGAGAGGAAAGAACCCAGCAAGUUCGACGAUUUCCUCAUAAGGCAUCAGGUCAAGUACCUGGGGCUGAUGGAGCACCUGCGGGUGAGACGGGCUGGCUUUGCCUACCGGCGCAAGUAUGAGCACUUCUUGCAAAGGUACAAGUCCUUGUGUCCCGACACCUGGCCGCACUGGCGCGGGCCUCCCGCAGAAGGUGUCGAGCGGCUGGUCAAGUACAUCGGCUACGAACCCGAGGAGUACAAAUUAGGGAGAACCAAAAUAUUCAUUCGCUUCCCCAGGACCCUGUUCGCUACUGAAGAUGCCUUUGAGUUUAGUAAACAUCAAUUAGUUGCAAGAAUCCAAGCUACAUACAAAGCCUGCCUAGAAAGGAGAGCAUUUGUGAAAAAAAGACAAGCAGCCAUCAAACUUGAAGCUCACUGGCGUGCAGCCCUGGCUCGGAAGGAGGCCAGAAGGAGAAAGUGGGCGGUGUGGGUUAUAAGAAAGUUCAUAAAGGGAUUCAUCAACCGAGACAAGCCCCUUUGUCCUGACAAUGAGGAGUUUAUCAUGUUUGCACGGAAGAAUUACAUCUUGAAUCUUCGGUAUCACAUCCCAAAGAACGUCCUGGACAAGAGCUGGCUGAGGCCUCCUGGCAUCCUGGAAAAUGCAUCAAAUCUGCUCAGGAGAAUGUGCACGCGGAACCUGGUUCGGAAGUAUUGCCACGGGAUCCCAGCUGAAAGGAAAGUGCUGAUGCAGCAAAAGGUGGUUGCAAGUGAAGUGUUCAGGGGGAAGAAAGAAGGCUACACAGAAAGUUUAAAUCAGCCCUUUGCCAACAGCCGGAUAGAUGAAGGAGACAUUAAUCCCAGAGUGCUUCAGUUAAUGAGCGGUGAGAAGAUCCAGUAUGGCGUCCCAGUCACUAAGUAUGACAGGAAGGGCUUCAAGGCAAGGCAGCGGCAACUCAUUCUUACUCAGAAAGCAGCUUAUGUGGUGGAACUUGCCAAAAUCAAGCAGAAAAUAGAGUACUCAGCACUCAAAGGUAUCUCUACCAGCAACCUCAGUGAUGGAAUCUUUGUCAUUCAUGUUUCGCCAGAGGACAAGCAAAAGGGGGAUGCCAUCUUACAGAGCGAACACGUGUUUGAGGUGGUCACCAAACUCGUCAUGCUGGUGAAGGAGAACAUGGUGACUGUCGUUCAAGGAAGUUUACAGUUUUAUAUCAGCCCUGGAAGAGAAGGCACAAUAGUUUUUGACACUGGACCAGAAGAACAAAUCUACAGAGAUAAAAAUGGACAUUUAACAGUGGUGUCGGUGCACAUGAAGUCCUGACAGAGGAGGAGGUUGUCCUGUCCCCAUUGCUCGGAGUGAAGGACCUGGGAGUGAGGAUUCGAUCCAGGCAGCUACACCUCAAGGGAAGGGAUCACCACUGCAGAAAUAGCGUGGCAUCUCCCGACAAAGCCCAGGCCCUGCUCCUCAGUGCUCUGCAGUGCUAAAUUAAGAUGUCUUUUCAGGAAUCCAACCUCAAGUCACCUAAGGGAGUGGUUUUAAAGGCCCCCGACCCUGAUGGGCACUGACUAUCGUCAGGGUGGACAGCUCUCUACUCUCAUCAAGUGGCCCUGAGACACAGGACUGCUGGUUCAGUGAGGAAUGAAAUUUCAGAAGCUGCACAAUCUGAAUUUGGCUUUAAAUACGUGGAACAUAGAAAUUAAGGAACUGGGUACCUUUCUGAGAAGCUUUCAGCUCGAGAUGGUGAGUUCUAUCCACAGCUGAUCUCCUAGUACUCAAUCAGCACCGGCUGGCUGGCCUUCCUCUAGCCAAGAGCCUCCCACCCCAUGAGACUGUCA